UCUUCUCCUCUCUCCCUCCCUCUCUCUCAAAAGCAACAGUACAUCACCUCUCUCUCUCUCUCUCUCUACUGUGCGUGCAGUUUCCGUUUCCAUGGUCGAACGUCAGGAGAGGCAGCGCCUCUCCCACGCGGCGGACGCCCCGCAUGAACCCUAGGAAGGCCCCCGUCAAAGACCCCCCUUCCGCCUCCGCCUCCGUCCCCCGCCGCUCCCCCGCCGGCCUCCCGGCGGAACCCGCGGAGGCCCCAGAUGGGUCGCCGGGUCCUCCUCGCCCUCCUCCCGGCCUUCCUGUGCUGCUGCCUCCUCCUCCUCCUCCUCCUCACCGCCGCCUCGGCCCAGACCCAGCAGGACGACGUCCUCGCAAUGCAAGCGCUCAAGAAGAGCCUCGCCCUCCCUUCUUCCCUCGACUGGUCCGACCCCGACCCGUGCCAGUGGACCCAGGUCUCGUGCUCUGAUAACCGGGUGACCCGGAUCCAGAUAGGCAACCGAGGCCUCACCGGGACCCUCCCGCCGGUCCUCGGCAACCUCACUUCCCUGGUGCGAUUCGAGGUCAUGACGAACAAACUCACCGGCGCCCUGCCGAGUUUCGCCGGGUUGGCUCAGCUGCAGGUGUUGUUUCUUAACAACAACAACUUCAGCUCCAUUCCUCCGGAUUUCUUCUCUGGUAUGUCAGCUUUGCAAGUGGUUGAUCUGAGCUAUAAUGACUUCGCUUCUUGGGAAAUUCCUGAUAGCCUGAGAAAUUGCACCUCCCUUCAAAAUUUCACCGCGAAUGGAGCGAACGUGAACGGUCGAAUCCCCGAUUUCAUAAAUGUGGAGAAUUUCCCCAGUAUGUUCGAGCUUCAAUUGGCCUUUCAUAACCUGGAGGGCGGGUUGCCCGCGAGCUUCGCCGGGUUGCCGAUUCAGAUCCUCUGGCUGAAUGGGAAGAGUGGGAAUUCCAAGCUCAACGGGACGAUGGACGUGAUAGCAAAUAUGACCCAGUUGGCUCAGGUUUGGUUGCACAGCAACCAGUUCACGGGUCCUAUACCCGACGUUUCGAAUUUGAAGAAUCUGUGGGAUUUCAGUGUGAGGGACAAUCAGUUGACUGGCGUUGUCCCCGAGUCCCUGGUGAAGCUUCCUAGCCUCAAGGUUGUGAAUCUGACGAAUAAUCUGCUCCAGGGACCGAUGCCUGCUUUUGGUACUGCUGUUCAGGUCGAUAUGCAGGGUCAAAAUAGCUUUUGCUCGUCCACUGCGGGUGCUCCUUGCGAUUCCAAAGUUAAUAUACUGCUCUCCAUUGCUGAACCAAUGGGUUACCCUGUUAAGUUCGCUCAAGGUUGGCAAGGGAACAAUACUUGUGACUCGGGGAAUUCGUGGACAGGGAUUACGUGUUCUGGGGGCAACAUCACAGUUAUUAAUUUCCAAAACAUGGGUCUUUCUGGAACUAUUUCUCCUCGAUAUUCUCAGCUUACAUCGCUGCAAAGGUUGUUACUGUCCAAAAACAAUCUUACCGGUACAAUACCUGUUCAGCUUGCGACUCUGCCUAAUCUCAUAGUGUUGGACGUUUCCAACAACAAUUUGUCUGGUAAAGUACCUAGUUUUCAGAGCAAUGUGAACGUAAUUACAAGUGGUAAUCCUAACAUGGGUAAAGACAUUGCUGUACCUCCUAGCGCUCCUGAUUCACCUCCCCUGGGACCGGGUGGUGACAAGAAGAAAUCCAGUAUUGCAAGGAUUGUGGUUCCUCUAGCUGCUGGUGCUUCUGUGAUUGCACUGCUCGGUUUGUUUAUUUGGUAUAGAAAAAGGCCCAAGAGUUCUGGUAAAGUGCAAAGUCCAAACAAUGUAAUGGUAAUACAUCCUCGAUAUUCUGGCGACCAAAACGGUGUGAAGAUCACUGUUGCAGGAUCGAGUGCUAAUGGUGGUUCUAGCGAAAGCUACAGUCAAGGCAGUGGUGGGACGGGUGACGUUCAUGUGGUUGAAGCUGGGAAUAUGGUCAUUUCUAUUCAGGUGUUGAGGAAUGUAACGAACAACUUUAGUCAAGACAAUAUAUUGGGAAGAGGUGGUUUCGGGACUGUUUACAAGGGCGAAUUACAUGAUGGGACAAAGAUUGCUGUCAAGAGGAUGGAGUCCGGUGUAAUGUCAGAGAAGGGCUUGAAUGAAUUCAAGUCUGAGAUUGCCGUUCUUACGAAAGUCAGGCACAGGCAUUUGGUUGCAUUGCUUGGGUAUUGCUUAGAAGGAAAUGAGAGGCUUCUUGUUUACGAGUACAUGCCUCAGGGGACUCUCAGUAAACAUCUUUUCAACUGGAAAGACGAUGGAAUGAAACCUCUUGAGUGGACAAGAAGACUCAGCAUUGCCUUGGAUGUUGCCAGAGGGGUCGAAUAUCUUCACGGUUUAGCUCAUCAGACUUUUAUUCAUCGUGAUCUUAAACCAUCAAAUAUACUGCUUGGGGAUGAUAUGCGGGCAAAAGUGUCAGAUUUCGGACUUGUACGUCUUGCCCCUGAGGGUAAAUGCUCGAUUGAAACGCGUCUUGCUGGAACUUUUGGGUAUCUUGCACCAGAAUAUGCCGUGACUGGACGGGUGACCACCAAAGCUGAUGUCUUCAGCUUCGGAGUGAUCCUUAUGGAGAUGAUCACGGGAAGAAGGGCUCUUGAUGAAACCCAGCCUGAGGACAGUGUCCACCUUGUGACAUGGUUCCGGAGAAUGCACCUCAACAAGGACACAUUCCGAAAAGCCAUCGACCCAGUCAUCGACCUCGACGAAGAAACACUGGCAAGUAUAAGCACAAUCGCCGAGCUCGCAGGCCACUGCUCGGCAAGGGAACCCUACCAGAGGCCGGACAUGGGUCACGCGGUUAGCGUGCUCUCGUCGCUUGUAGAGCUCUGGAAGCCAUCUGAGCCGGACUCCGAGGACAUUUAUGGGAUCGACCUGGAUAUGACCUUACCCCAAGCGCUCAAGAAGUGGCAGGCCUAUGAGGGAAAUAGUAACAUCGACGAAUCUUCUUCCUCAUAUUUAGCGAGCGGCGAGAGCACCCAAACGAGUAUACCUACGCGGCCGUCUGGGUUCGCUAGUUCAUUCACUUCGGCAGAUGGGAGAUGAAGGUUUUUCUUGAUGUCGGACUUGACUGUCGAACCGUUUCAUGUCGAAUGAGGCAGAUCUUGUGGAGCUCUGAAAUAAGUCGGGACCGUGUGUGAUCCACAUUUUCUGGUGAUGAAUUCAGACUCUUGUGGUCAUAUGUUUCAUGUGCUGAUUGUGUGUUGGGGAGGUCUUCGGCGUCUUUCUUUGGAUCCUUUUUUGAUUUCUGCUUAGUCCCCGGUCCUUUUGUUGAAGCUGAGUAGGUCAACCGUAUCGACCAAGCUCGAGAAAGUAUUUUUGUGGUCUUCGAUUGAUGGCGUCGCGAGGAGCACAGAAGGGAAAAAGAAAAACCUCUUUCUCGGCCAAAUUGGUUAAGAUUCGAUGGCGGCAAGAUAGCAAACCAAAGGGGUGGAACAGCUAAGCCAAAGACCCCACCAAAUUUGUCUAGCGUUUGCUUUUUGGUAUUGAAUGAUGAUUUCUAAUGGGAAAAAUUCGAACUUUCUGUAUCCCAACUUUCGCGUUUUUUCUACUAAAUCUUUCGGUUCUCAUAA